CAUUGCCUUCAGUCUGAGUUCAUGUCAAGAUGUACGACCCACAGCGCUUCUACCUGCUUUUCUACAUGGCCUUGGCAGCAACAACCAUCCCAGUUUCUUCAGGCUUCAACAUUGACACAGCAAACCCUACUGUUCAUUCUGGAGACCCUGAAGAUUUUUUUGGGUACAAAGUGCUUCAGUACAUGUCCUCCAGGAAUAAAGGGAUCAUUGUCACCGCGCCGCUGCGGCUAAAUGGAUCAGGUGGAAUAUUCAAGCAUGACCAGGAUGAAACUGAAAAGUGGUUCAGUCCUAAUGAUUCUUCUGAGACAUAUCCACAUACAGCCAGGCAUCUCGGUUUGUCAAUAGCUGCAGAUUCUACAGGAACCCGAUUUAUUGCAUGCAGUCCAAGUCUGGCUCAUCCAUGCGAUGAGAACGUCUACCUGAACAGUUUGUGUUAUAACGUCACCAAUGAGUUUCAGCAGCUGUCUUCAUUUACACCUUUGUUCCAAAAAUGCAUAAAAAAGGCAGUAGACCUUGUGUUUCUGUUUGAUGGAUCCGAGAGCAUGGUUACAACAGAGUUUAACGAAAAUAAAAUAUUCAUAAAAACCGUAAUGAAGAACUUUAAAAAUACAACUUUCAAGUUUGCAGCAGUUCAGUUCUCGACAGAUUGCAGGAAAGUCUUUGACUUUAACGACUAUGUUGCUGGCACUGCUAUAAAGAAACUUGAUGAAGAACAGCAUAUGAACAAUCUCACCAACACCCACAAAGCCCUCAUGUUUACGCUGUCAGAAAUCUUGGAAAACGAAGCAGCAGGAGCCUCAAAAGAUGCAACUAAAGCUGUGGUGAUAAUCACAGAUGGAGAUCCAAGUGAUCUUGAUACAAGACUAAAGAGUGUUGAAACCUAUGAACGUAAAAAGAUCAUUCGAAUUGUCAUUGGGGUCAAAAAUGUUGCUUUAGACAAUCUAGAAAAACUUGCAUCAGAGCCAAAAAAAAAGAACGUCUUCCAGAUUGAGAACUAUUGGGGACUCCAAGGAUUACUGGAAAAUUUACAAAAACAGAUCUUUACUAUUGAAGGAUUUAAUGUGAGUCGAGCUGAUAAACUGACGAAUGAAAUGUCACAAAGUGGAUUCAGUGCUGUCUCACACAAGGACACCUUGAUUCUGGGCUCGGUGGGAUCAAACAGCUGGCGUGGAGCUCUCAAUGAGCCUCAAAAACAAGAUAAAAAGAUUUUAGACCCAAAUAUGCAAGAUGACUCCUACAUGGGAUACUCUCUCUCUGUUGGAGAGAGGAAUGGCAAACCUCUAUAUUUCACGGGUGCACCACGUUUCAACCACAUGGGACAGGUUAUAGUUUUCCAACCUGAUGACGACGACUGGAAACCAGUCCAAAGAAUUACAGAGGACCAGGUUGGUUCCUAUUUUGGAGCAGAGCUGUGCUCUGUAGACAUUGACUCAGACGAUAACACUGAUUUCCUGCUGGUUGGAGCGCCACAGUUUUACCUGGCCGAGGAGAAAAAGGAGGGAAUGAUCUACGUCUACUCUCUAUCUGAUGAGAUGAAACUACAAAAGGUGUUUCAAGUGCGAGCACCAUCCAUGGGUAGAUUUGGCACCACCAUAUCCAGUCUUUCAGAUCUGAAUGGAGAUGGUCUGCGAGAUGUUGCAGUGGGAGCCCCCCUGGAGGAGGAUAACACAGGAGCAGUUUACAUCUACCUUGGACAUGGAGGUGUUGGGAUACGCAACAUUUCCAGCCAGAGAAUCACAGGAGCAGAUUUCAGCCCUAGGUUGAGGUUCUUUGGACAAGCCAUUCAUGGAGAUAUUGAUCUUGGAGAUGAUCGGCUGCCAGAUAUUGUGGUGGGAUCAAAAGGCUCUGCAGUUGUCUUAAGGUCCAAGUCCGUACUAAAUGUCAAGACUAGCCUGUCAUUUUAUCCUAAUGUGAUAAGCAUCCAGGAGAUAAACUGCUUGGAGGAGAAUGAAAUUUUACCAAUGGUCACCGUACGGGCUUGCUUUGAAAUGGCAGAAGCAACAAACAGCACAGCAGAGAAAAGGAUCAACAUCUCAGUGAUGCUCAAUGCGGAUUCAACAAGGUCAAAGUAUCGAGGUUUCUUCAUUGAAAACAAAGAGAAGAGCAGGAAUACUACACACACCUAUGAGCUGACUGGCAGAGAAACAUGCUUCAACUAUUCUAUCUACAUGAAUAAAUGUGUAAAAGACACAUUAUCUCCUGUGCACAUCAAUUUAAACUUUUCUCAACCUGAUGCUGAGAAAGCAAGUGCCAUCCUUAACGUGGACAGCAAAAGAUGGGCUGUGGUCGAGGUUCCUUUUGAAAAGCGUUGUGCCAAAAAAGAAAUCUGCAUUGCUGACCUUAAAGUGGAUUUUAAUUUGACGAAUGGGGAAGUAUUGGUAACAGAAAAUACUGUAUUCAGCCUGUUGAUAAUGCUGGAUAAUAUUGGUGAUGACUCAUACAAUACCAGCCUGACAAUGCACUAUCCUCCAGGCCUCUCCUUCUCAAUAAUGGAGCUAACAGGGACUAAGAAACUAACUUACAUCUGCACUGGUCUAGAAGAUGUGCUUGACAAAACUGUUUGUGGCAUCAGUCUUCCUGUGUAUCGCAGCAAAUCCUCUGCCACGUUUAAUGCUACUUUUCGCGUUGCCAGAGACUUUGAGUGGAAUGAGACAUUGUCGAUGUCGGUCUCUGCACAAAGUGAAAAUUCAAACUCCAGCGAGCCAGUUUCUGUGACCAAAGCUUCUCCUGUAAAAUAUGCAGUCAAAUUAGCAAUAGCAGUAAAUGACGCAACUGUCACUCAUCUGGACUUCACUCCAGAAAAGCAUGAACCAAAAAGGAUGGCUAUUAUAUAUGAUAUAAACAACACUGGUUUUAAGGAUUUUCCCAUCAAUGUGUCCCUGUUCUUCCCAAGUAAACUGGAACACAACUUCGAAUUGAAAAACUAUAAAGUUAUUGUCGAGAAGAACAAAACUCGGUGCUCAUUCAUUUCCAUCCUAAAACCUGAGGACUGCCCUCUAAAAGAGAACUGCAUUGCCAUGAAAUGUGAUUCUUUUACAUUGAUGAAUUAUUCAGGUGUUCAGUUUACCCUGGAAGGAGUUGUGGAUUUCCGAAAUCUGCAACACCAUGCAUCGAAUAUGCCCUUUCUGAAACAAUACACUGGAAACAUUGGAGAGUUCAAUUUUACGAGCUUUAUAAAAGUUGACUAUGAUGAUGGUAAAUACGUGAUGGCUUCUAACAAAUAUCAGAAGAAUAAACAGAAUGGCAACGGCAAAGUAAAGAAAUCGGUGAACGUUCUGGUUGAGUUCUUAGUUCCCCCAAAUAGACUUCUGAUCAUUUCGACUGUAGUGGUACUGGGAAUAAUGCUUCUCGUAAUCAUCCCGUGGAAGACUGGAUUCUUCAAGAGAAAAACCAUUCAGCAUUACCAGGAACAAGAAGAUGAACUCUCUACAGUUGUGCAAUUAGUUGCAUUUAAGCGGUUUCAUUUUUAGUCAAAUAAUCCUUGGUCUGUCAUAUAGUGUCCAAUGAAUAACAGCCCAAUUUGGCUUUCAUAUUGGUGUUUCCAUGCAACUGACCUGCAGCUUCCUUGUAGACUUGCUCUGAUUCCACCAGACGUAGUUGAUGUAAAACUGACAAGUCAGAUAUAACUUUUUUUUUAUUAUUCCAGAAUAGUGAGACAAAACUUUUACAUUUGUCCCCAUCAAAUUCAGAUGGGCCUGUUUAAAAACCUCCUUUCCAAUCAAAAAAUCUGGAAAAGGGUAGGAAUUGUGCUACGAAAGUUCUUUUUAAUUGCACUCAAUAUUCUUGAAAGGUUUCAGCCUGGUUUUAAAGCUCUUCUUGGUGCUGAAACUGCACUUCUAAAAGUGUUUUAUUGACUACUUAAUUACAAGACAGCAGUUUACAAAUUAAAUAUUUUUCUGCAAAUUAAAUAAUUAUUUUAGAAACUAAAUGUUUAGUGUGCAAACUAAAUAUUUAAUUUCCAAAAGAAACAUUUAAUUUGUAAAUAAUUAGCUUGGACCUAAAUAUUUAGCUCAUCUAAAUAUUUAGUUAAUAUGCAAAUUCACAUGUCGAUAAGAGGAAGUGGCCUGCUAAAACAGAAGCUGGGUCUUAUGAGCCCCUAUAUAAGCUCCUACUGCUUGCUAACUAUUGAAUUUAUUUAGCAAAUUAAACAUUCAAAUUAAAUGUUUAAUUUGGAACUGUGACAUUUAUAAAUGUAUAACUGACAUGGUGAAAAUAUGAUGUAAGAAAAUUAACCCACAUUUUUUAUGACAGUAUUCUUGUUCAGUUUUGACUGUGUAACUUUACAUACUGCAUCUCGUACAUGAGCAUGCAAGAAAUUUUGCACAUUUCACACACAAUGUCUUUUGAUGAUAAAAUAGAUGACAUUUUCACACACGUAUACAUAAUUUGUACACAUCAAACUCAUUGUUUUCUCCAGGUGAAAUACAUCUUGUUUCCAUCAUGUUUUACUAUACUGCUAAAUAAAAAUGUUUUAUGCGGAUUAUUUCAUUAAAUGAUCUGAGAACCAUCAUAUGUUUUGUAGUGCUUGUGUAUAUUGUCACCAUACGAUGUCUGUUGUUAGUUUUUUUAUAUUUGGUAGUCAUAUACUUUACUAUGUGUAUUCCUGUAAAUUAUAGUUUAUGGUUUUUCUUUGCAAUGAAAACAAAUGAAGACGGAAAAUCCA